UUGCUUGAGGGUGGAUGAAUCAAUGAUUCAGGCUCGGUAGUUUAAUUAUGUGAGCUUGGGCAGUCUUGUUUGAAUAAUUCAUUCCUAGCUUCUUAAGAUAGGAUUGGGCUUGGAGGCUUCUCAUCGAUCGUUCAUCUGGGUGAUCAAAGACGGAGAAAGGCUUUUUGAGGUGGAGCUAUAGCUCUUAGAAUUUGAAAAGAGAAUGAGGGAUCAAGGGCUUAUAAUUAGAGGAUGGGCACCGCAACUGAUGAUUCUAUCACAUCCGUCAGUAGGAGGAUUCAUAACACAGUUAGAGUCUGUGUCAGCAAGCUUUCCUAUGGUGACUUGGCCUAACUUUGCCGAACAAUUUCUGAAUGAGAAACUAAUAGUGGAAGUACUGAGAAUUGGAGUAUCACUGGGGGUAAAAGGGCCAAGCAAAUGGGGCGUGGAGAAUACAGAUGGAAGGGUGAAAAAUGAUGACAUAGAGAAAGCAGUAAGCAGUUUGUUUGGUGAAGACAAGGAAGCUAAAGAGAGGAGGAAGAGGGCUAAAGAGUUGGCCGAAAAGGCUCAAGAGGCCUAUAGGAGGGUCUUCUUAUUCCAAUCUUGUGAGUUUCAUUCAGCAUAUGAGUGCAAAAUAAUUGCCUCUAGCAAAAAGAUAAUUUUUGCAUUGGUAGAACAUUAAAGGGGGCUUGUUUUUUUACAUCCUUUGCAUUCGUACGCUUUGAUAUUUGUCCUGUGGCAGUAACGAGUGAGGUUUGCAUCUGUUUAAUUUUUCUCCAUUGAAGCUGUUCGCCAUGUUCAAUUUUUCUUGGAGCGGAGAAAGAUUGAAUGUAGUUAUUACCUAUCAAGAUG